AGCACACAAUGUGCAUCAACACGCCAGGCAGCUUCACGUGCGCAUGCGCGGACGGAUGGGAGGGAGAUCCGACGAUGGGAUGCUUCAAGAAGAUUGACUACUGGAAGAAAGUGACCAUCGGCGUCAGCGUUGGCCUGGCAACGCUCUGCCUCAUCGCCAUCAUCGUCAUCAUCGUCCUCGUCGUCAGACGUAAAUCGCCUGGCACGUACGACAAGGAGAUAGCGGACUAUGUCUACUCCGAGACGCACCCGUCUCCCUCCUCCACGGGAAACAUAAACCUCCCCCGUGCACACAUCAGCGCCAAGUCUCCGAAAGACUCCGCCGCCGCCGACGACCGCUACGACAAAAGGAGAAGCGAUGAGACGGGCCAUGUCGGCAGUUCUCACCAUGACAACCCGGCGUAUGGACGCGUCAACGAGAACGACAACGUCUUCUUCUAACCAUCUCAUCUCACGAUAGCUACACACGAGUGGAGACAGCAGCGUCCUAGAUGCGCGUGCUAGAUGAAUAAAGGACCGAUGGCUAACAGUCGGUAUCAGCGCGACCACGCAUGCGCAGACCUCAGCAUAUGGAACGACCUAUCGGCAUAGAAUAAGAAUAACUUAGUCAUAAGAAUAACUUAGUUAUUUCUAGUCUAGGCUAUCAGCGAUCAGCACAUAGACGUAUCAAUAUCGCUUGUCACGUCGUAAAUG